CUUCCGCCAACCCGGGAGGCGUGUUCCGGGCUUUCGGCCCUGCGCUGGACGCCGGUUACGACCUCUCUCCCUGUCGCCGGUGCUAUGGAGUCGCCGGGGGAGGCGGAAGUCGAGAAUGAGGACGGCGACAGCAACUGCGGGGAUUUGUGCUUCAUGGACAAAGGCCUGCGGAGCAUAUCAGAGUUAUCUUUAGAUUCAGCUCUUCAUGCCAUCAAUCUGCAUUGCAAUAACAUCUCAAAGAUCACAUCCAUUGAUCACAUUUGGAAUUUACAACAUUUAGAUCUGUCAUCUAAUCAAAUAAGUCAAAUUGAAGGACUAAACACACUGACAAAACUAUGCACUUUAAAUUUGUCCUGUAAUUUGAUUACAAGAAUAGAAGGUCUUGAAGCACUGAGUAAUCUGACUAGACUGAAUUUAUCUUACAACCACAUAAAUGAUCUUAGUGGUUUGAUGCCUCUUCAUGGAAUUAAACAUAAACUUAGAUAUAUUGACCUGCAUAGUAAUUGUAUCGAUAGUAUCCAUCACCUACUUCAGUGUACAGUAGGAUUACACUUCUUGACUAAUCUUAUUUUGGAAAAAAAUGGAGAGGAUAAUCCUGUCUGUCAUUUACCAGGAUACAGAGAAGUUAUGCUCCAGACUUUGCCGCAGCUCAGAAUCCUAGAUUGUAAGAACAUAUUUGGUGAGCCAAUAAACAUGGCAGAAAUAAACUCAUCACACCUACAGUGCUUUGAAGGUCUUUUGGAUAAUUUAGUUUCUUCUGAUUCUCCCCUAAACAUAAGUGAAGAUGAGAUCACUGAUGGGAUGCCAGUGGCGCCCCCCGUCAAUGAGGCAGCGCCUUUGGAUCAGUUUGUAAGCACACCAACAGAUACUGGUUUGACAUCGCUCAUGUCUGUGUGUCCCUCUUCCGAGCCAGAGAAAGGCAAUCAUGAAAAUGAUCUUCAGAAUGAGAUGAAACUGCAGAAAUUAGAUGACCAAAUUUUACAGCUUCUCAGUGAAACUUCUAAUUCUAUAAUAGAUAAUAUUCCUGAGAAAGAUCCCAGGCCAAAAAGAGACACAGAUGUAACUUCUGAAAGUGACUAUGGAAACAGAAAAGAAUGUAGUAAGAAAACUUCUCGAAGAUCGAAAAUCCCCUAUUAUUCCAAAACUAUUCAGACUAUUAAACACCACAGUAAAAACAACAGUACUUUUAUAAGUUGUAAUCGUAAAAUGAAACCACCUUUCCUUAAAGAAUUAUAUGUAAGUUCGUCUUUGCCAAACAAUAGUACGUUAGAAGACUCAGAAAACCAAAAGACUGAAAUAAUGAAAGUAAACAACGAUGGCUCAGAAGGUGCCACUUACCGGGCACUUGUUGAGGAACUAGAUGAAGAGAGAGAGAAGAGAUGGAAAGCGGAACAAACUGAAAAGAAGCUUAUGGAUUAUAUUGAUGAACUGCAUAAGCAUGCAGAUGAAAAAAAAGAUAUUCAUAGCCAGGCUCUGCUUGCCACAGACAGGCUAAAAGAAAUUAUUUUUAAAGAGAGAAAUUCCAAGCUGCAGCUGGAAAUUAUGGUUCACAGACUUCAAAAUGAAAUUAAAAAACUAACUAUUGAAUUAAUUAAAGCAAGAGAUCAACAGGAUGACCACAUUAGACACCUGAGAACGCUGGAGAAGGCGCUGGAGAAAAUGGAGAGGCAGAAAGGGCAGCAGCAAGCUGCGCAGAUGCGACUUAUCCAAGAGGUGGAACUCAAAGCUGCUGCUGCUGAUAGAGAAAUAAACUUACUUAGGAGUUCUCUGCAUCAGGAGAAGGAACAGGUGCAACAGCUUCAUGAACUGCUUGCAUUGAAAGAACAAGAACACAGGAAAGAUAUUGAAACAAGGGAGUUUUUUAGUGAAGCUGAGUUCCAGGAAGCCUUAGCUAAAGAAAUUGCUAAAGAAGAGAGAAAGCAUGAGCAAGUUAUAAAAGAAUAUCAAGACAAAAUCGAUGCAUUAAAUCAACAGUAUAUGGAUUUAGAAAAUGAAUUCCGCAUUGCUUUAACUGUUGAAGCCAGAAGAUUUAAAGAUGUUAAAGAUGGUUUUGAAAAUGUUGCAACUGAAUUAGCAAAAAGCAAGCAUGCUCUUGUUUGGGCUCAACGAAAAGAAAAUGAGUCUUCCUCUUUAAUUAAAGACCUAACCAGCAUGGUGAAGGAGCAAAAAACAAAACUUGCAGAAGUUUCUAAAUUGAAACAAGAAACAGCAGCAAAUUUACAGAAUCAAAUCAACACACUUGAAAUUUUAAUUGAAGAUGACAAGCAGAAGAGUAUUCAAAUAGAACUUCUCAAGCAGGAAAAAAUGCAGCUUAUUUCCGAGCUAGCUGCCAAGGAAUCGCUAAUUUAUGGUUUAAGAACAGAAAGAAAAGUAUGGGGACAUGAGUUGGCACUACAGGGAUCUUGUCUAGCCCAAAAUCAUGGGAGAGUAGAGGCUCAGCUUGAAAGUUUGUGUAGGGAGAAUGAAUGUCUGCGAAAAGCAAGUGAGCAUGACAGUGACACAAUAAGAAUCAAAUGUAAAAUCAUAGAUGACCAAACUGAAACCAUUGGAAAAUUAAAAGAAUGUUUACAGGAAAAAGAGGAACAAAUCAAAAUAUUACAUGAAAAAAUCACUGAAAUACAAAAAUGUACUCAAGAACAACUUGAAGAAAAAUCUUCACAACUGGAUGAAAUAGUUGAGAAACUAGAAAGACACAAUGAAAGAAAAGAAAAACUAAAACAGCAGUUGAAAGUAAAGGAAUUAGAACUUGAUGAAAUCAGAAAAGCUUACAGUACACUUAAUCAGAAGUGGCAUGAUAAAGGAGAACUUCUGUGUCAUCUUGAAAUGCAAGUAAAAGAAGUGAAAGAAAACUUUGAAAACAAAGAAAGAAAACUUAAAGCGGAAAGAGACAGAAGUAUCGAACUACAAAAGGAUGCAAUGGAAAAGCUUCAUAGUAUGGAUGAUGCCUUUAAGAAACAAGUUGAUGCAAUUGUUGAAGCUCAUCAAAAUGAAAUAAUACAACUGGCAAAUGAAAAACAGAAAUGUAUUGAUACUGCAAAUUUAAAGGUUCAUCGAGUUGAAGAAGAAAUGCGUGGACUUCUGGAAGAAACAUGCAAGAACAAAAAAGCAAUGGAAACAAAAAUUAAGCAACUUGCUUUUGCUCUAAGUCAAAUUCAGCAAGAAAUUUGAUGGUUCUGAGAAGAAUUGAUUUGAAAUGGACCGGCAGGCCUGUUGUAAAAGUGAUUAAAUACUGUAACAGUAGUAACUGCUGUGACUUUGAAAUGUCUCUUUCUACACAUUUCAUUCUGAUGAUAUUUUAGAAGGCUUCUGAUCAAGUAUUCAUUGUAUAUGUAGGUUUUUUUUAUAAUAAAUUGUUGACAAUUAUGUGUAUUAGAAAAACCUAUCAAAAUAACUAGACUUAAAACACUUUUUCUUGUUUCUGUGCUAUAUACAUUGUCUGGUCAUUACACAUUUGCCUAUAAGAAUGUUAAUGAAAAUUUAGUCUUUUGACUACAUGAGGGAAAGUAUUUUAAUACUGUUAACCUUACUGUGUGGAUGAACUAAUUAUACUUAUUGGUUGUCCUUUAGUUGAGGUAGCUCCAUUCUUUUAAAAUGCUCAUAAGUGUAGCCAAAAAGUAUUUUAAAUCUGUAUAAGAGAUGUGGUAUUUUUAAGAAUGCAUAUGUAUGUUUCCACAUCACUCAUAAUGACUCCUUUUUAGUUUAUGAGGCGAAUUCAUAUUUUACAACUUAAAACACUUAUAUUCCAUUUCAUAUCAGUUCAUUUACUCCUAUUUCAAUUUUGUCAUCUCUUACGUUCCUGUGUAUACAGAACAAAGAUCUGAAUACUAUUCUCCUUACUAUUUCUGAAAGAAAGAGAACAUAAUACCAAACUCUAACUAAUAGCCAGUGAACUAUGAUUUUUAAAAUUAAAUGCAAUCAGAAAAAAAUGUAAAGAGAAGGCCCCAUUUAUUAUAGGCAAGGUUUAUACUGAAAUCUGUGGGACAUCAAGCAUAUCAGCACAUGUAAUAGGAGCCUCUAGGGGGAUGGGAGGACAAGAAACAUUGGGGAAAAUAAUAGCUGGAACCUUCCUUAAUUUGAUGAAAAAGAUGAACCUACAUGUUCAAGAACUUCAGUAAAACCCAGGAUUAAUAAACACAAAGAGAACCACACCUAGACACAGUCAAACUGUUGGGGGAAAUCUUGAAAGUAGCAAGAAAAUAUGAUUUAAUGUAAAGGAAUAGUUAACAGUUGAGAAAUUUCUCAUGAGACGUAAUGGAGACUAGAAGGCAGAGAAGGACAUAUUUUAGGUACAGGAAAUAACAGUAAGCUGAGAAUUCUACAUCCAACAAAAUUAUCCUUCAAAAUAAAAUGCAAAACACACUAGAUGCAGUGGGCUGACAAGAGUUUUUCAACAACAAAAAAAUCAGCUAAGAAUUCUAUAUCCAGCAAAACUCUUUCAAAUGAAGCCAAAAUUAAGUCAUUCUCAGGUAACAGCUGGGAAAUAUGUUCCUACCAGACCCACCUUAACGAAAAAGGCUGAAGGAAGUUCUUACUUCACAUCCUUUCAGAAUGUGACCCUAGAGAGUAAUUUGAAUAAACAUGAGAAGAAGAAAGAAACACAAAGCAAAAUAUAUAAUUAUAAAAAAAUAUAAAUUCAUAUUUUCCCUUCAUCCCAUAACUGAUUAAAGAAUCAAAAUAUAUAAAAUAAUGUAUAUAAUUGUAUUAUUAGGAGUAAAACAAAAUGUAACAUUUCUCCAUAUCAGCACAAAGGUGGAUGGAAGCAAAGCUGUAUUGGGAAGUAAGGAAAUAGGAGAUAGUAUAACUUGAAACCCAUAGGACCAAGGGACAAUAAUGAGUUGUAAAUAUGAAAAUUAGUUUAACUAUGAAUAUAUGUUUGCUGUCCUACUUAGACUUUAUAUGCAACAACCAGUUUCAUAACAAAAAGAGGAAGGAAAUAGAACUAAAUAGAAACAUUUCUACAUUUCACUGAAAUUGGGUCAGUACAAAUCUGUUGUAUAUAUAAACUGGUGAAGCCAUUAAGGAUGUAACUCAGAAUAUAUAGCCAAAAAAUAGCCAGAGCAAAUUAAAACAUUACACUAGAAAGUAUUUGUGUAAUAUGAAAGUAGGAAAAAGCAAUAAAGUAUUAAGCAAUUUUUAAAUGCAGUAAAGAUAAGAUGGAAAACAGUAAAAUGGCCACGGUAAAUUUUUUAAUUUGCAUAAUUUACAUCAAUAAUUACAUUAAGUGUGACUGGAUUAAGUGAUCCAAUCAAAAGAAUAGAUAAGAAAACAAGAUCCAACUAUAUAACACUUUCAAAUAUGCAAACGGAUUGGAAAUAUAAGUAAAAUGAUGAAAAAAUCGACCAUAAGACAGUAGACAGCGACCAUAAGA